CGCGACCGCGGAUCAAGGUUGUUGCGGCCCGGCGGAGACGAGACUAAUUUAGUUAAACAACCACCGAGCAGGACCUUGACACUGACUACGGAGUACUCUACAGAGUACUACACUGUUGACAUGUUGACACCCAGUCAUCCUUGUUCUUGAGAUAUGAUAUUCCCACAUAGAUCGUCGGAUAUGCCCGAUUUGGGCCUAGUGAGUUGCUUGCGGCGUGCUUGGGGCCUGCAGGCUGGAAGGGAGAACGCCCAACUUGUUCAAUUACUGAUGAUGGCUGCAUUGACCCUCCAACCGGCCCGGCCUUCCAAUGCUGUGCCGCACUUUACGCCCGUUUUCGGGGGCUAUCCCAGCCUAUCAGACCGAGCCUCCUGCAGGUGCGUUGUGCGCUUCACAGCAGACUCAAGAGUUAGUACGCAGUAGAUGUCGGUGCAACCGUCGCCCACUAAUAUUAUUCCUCUUGUUCGUCCUCCCCUCACACCUCAAGGAAGGGGACCUCGCAUCUCACAUCUGCCUGUGUAACUCUGGGAGGUAUUGCGCUGAUGUUGUGGUCGAGGUUCUUGGGAUUCAUGUAGCUAUCCACCCCAAGAUCUUAAAACGGACGAAGUCUCCGUCAGCAACCAUCCCAGGAUGUUGGGGGUCCCGGGUUGAUCGGCCCUUCUACCAGCAGUGCGCUGGUGGUGACUGAGCUCUUUUGCCCCAGUAGCCUACAGGUUAUGAGACCAUUUAGCGUGAGCCCCGCUGUGGUCAACAUGCAUGGGUUCAAUCCCAGAAUGGACUUAAAUUCCAAACAAAUACCCCGGACAUUUAACAGUGUCAAGAGACAUCCUAGGAGUGUGCCCUAGAAGUCCCUCGAGCCCUAGGACUGAGUCCACUGAGAGGAGCCACUAGGAGGAGCCACUGAGAGGAGCCACUGAGAGGAGUACUGUACUCUGUGGUAGCUGGUCCGAGGGGGGGUGUUG